AUGUCUGAGAGGAACAACACAAACCAUGAGUCGAGCCCAACUCUGGGGAUGUCUGCUGCUGUUAAAAGCACUUUUAAGUGCUGUGCACUAAAGAGCAAUUCCUGUUCCUGUAAUUGAGACAAAGCACUGACCACUGGACCAAGAAGACGGACCACCGCCUCGAGGAAGACCCCGUGCCGCCACCUGAAAGAAGACGCCGCACCUCCUUCACUCCAAGCCGGCCACCACCGAGCUUCGACCCGCCGACGGCACCGAGUCCCAGCAAACCUUCCCGCGGACCGCCUAUCUUCUUUCCCCCGCCCAGGACCCCGGACUUCAGACACACCGCCGCCGCCGCCGCCGCCGCGGCUGGACAGCUGGAACCUUUUCCCCCCUCCAACAGAUUUUACACUACUGGAAAAGAAACGCCUCACAUCAACAACAACAUAGGACCACUAGGGUAA